AUGGUGGCCAGCGCUCGAGUACAGAAGCUCCUCCGACGAUAUAAACUCGCGAUUGCCGCCGCAUUAACCAUCCUCCUGAUCCAAGGGCUUGUAGUAUGGAGUCUGAGAAGUCUGGAAGAGGGCGAGGCAGAGAGGAAAACGAGACGGUCUAAGCUGCCUGACCACAACAGCCAGGACCCAAAGAGAGACGCUGUACUUUGGGAGAAACAAAAGAGGAACCAGGGCAGAUGGAGCUCCAGGUUGGAGAGGACAGGGGGCACAGCAGCCAGCGCGCUGAGGAGAGCAACCAGUCGCAGAGGAGGGAAGCCCAGCAACAGGCUGAAGGCUCCCCAAGAGCGAGGGAUGACGGGAUUGGAAGGUGUAGUCCCUCAUGACCCCUCCAGCAGCCGAAACUUCAGUGAAAUCAGAGGUGGCACAGAGGGGGCGGCCAAGUUACCUGCUGCUGCCAUGCCAGGGGAGCCAGGCAGCGUGGAUGGGGCGCACCAAGCCCCCAGCAGCGACUUUGUGCCUAAAUGUGAUAUCAUAGGCAAGGACGCGCUGUCUGCCCUCCAUCGCGCUGGAUCACAGCAGUGCCGGCAGGAGAUCGCCAACAUUGUCUGCCAGCAUCAGGCUGGGCAGCUCAUGCCAGACACACUUCCACAGUUCUGUCCCCAGCUUGGUGUAUCAAAUCCGGUCCAGGCUGUGGGUGAGCUGGACAACAGCCUGUCCAAGGUGGAGAACCCUGUCAGGGUGGCUUUUGUUCUGAUGGUCCACGGUCGAGCUGUACGGCAGCUCAAGCGCCUCAUGAAAGCCAUAUACCACCGUGACCACUACUAUUACAUUCAUGUGGACAAGCGGUCCAGCUACAUGCAUCGGGAGGUCCUGCAGAUCGCCCAGCAGUACCCAAACAUACGAGCCACGCCUUGGCGGAUGGUCACCAUCUGGGGUGGUGCGAGCCUACUGAAGGCUUACCUACGCAGCAUGCAGGACCUGCUCUCCAUGCUGGACUGGAAGUGGGAUUUUUUCAUCAAUCUCAGUGCCACAGACUUCCCCACCAGGACUAAUGAUGAACUGGUGGCGUUCCUGUCGCAGCACAGAAACAAGAACUUCCUCAAGUCCCACGGCAGAGAGAAUGCACGGUUUAUUAAGAAGCAGGGCCUUGACCGUCUCUUCCAUGAGUGCGACAUCCACAUGUGGCGUCUUGGCGAACGCAGCAUCCCCGAAGGCCUGGAGGUUUCCGGCGGCUCCGAUUGGUUCGCGCUCACUCGUCGCUUUGUGGAGUACGUCAUCAACUCCCAGGAUGACCUGGUGUCAGGGCUGAAGCAGUUCUAUUCCUACGCGCUGCUCCCCGCUGAGUCCUUCUUCCACACGGUGCUCGGGAACAGUCACAUGUGCGACAGCCUGGUGGACAAUAACCUGCGUGUCACCAACUGGAACCGUAAGCUGGGCUGUAAAUGCCAGUACAAGCACAUUGUCGACUGGUGCGGCUGCUCACCCAAUGACUUCAAACCCCAAGACCUCAUCAGGAUCCAGCAAUUGACCCGUCCAACAUUUUUUGCCCGCAAGUUUGAGUCAACUGUGAACCAAGAGGCCAUAGAAAUCCUUGACACUCACCUCUAUGGACAGUACGCUCCGGGCACCAUCGCCAUUAAGGCAUACUGGGAGAGCCUGUUCGAGCAGUCGGACGGUGUCGGCUCACUCAGUGACGUGGCUCUCACUGCUUACACUUCUUUCUUUCGCCUUGGUCUGAAGAGUCUGGUGACAACUCAGAGCAACAUGGAGUCCUGCAGGUUUGAACCAGUAGGCUUCCCUCUAUCAGUACACGUGUACUUCUAUGACGACCGUUUUCAAGGGUACCUGGUGCGUCAGGAAGUCCAGGCUGUGGGAUCAAAGGUCAAGGAGACAGUAGAGAUGUGGGCAGUGCCCCAAGCCACCCUCGUACUUGAGAAGAACCUUAAGGAGUUUGAAAGGCUCAAGAGCCUGGAGAUUGGCACAGAGUGGGAUCCUAAGGAAAGAAUCUUUCGUAACUUUGGUGGGGUCGUCGGUCCUUUGGAUGAACCACUGGCAGUCCAGAAGUGGGCUCGUGGGCCCAACCUCACAGCCACUAUAGUGUGGAUUGACCCGGCUCUGGUGGUGGCAGCAUCGUACGACAUCACCGUGGAUCUAGACGCAGAGUAUACCCAGUACAAACCUCCACUGCAGCGCCCCCUGCGGCCUGGCAGCUGGACUGUACGGGUGUUAAAACAGUGGGAACGUGUGGCAGAAGUUCAUUUUCUUGUCAUGCCCUUAACCUUCAAAGAUAAGGAGCCACUACGGAUAGAAGAGGACAGCUGGCUCCACGCAGGUCCUCCAGGUAACCUGUACCUGGAGCAGAGCUUUCAACAGAUGAGCACCGUGCUGAAGCUGCCUCCCCAGGAGCCGGCCAUGCAGGCAGCCCAGCGUAAUGCCCAGCUGGUGGGCCAGGCCCUUGAUGAGUGGGUGGACAGCGGUGUGGCGGCCUUCUGGGUCAUAGGCAACCUGUGUACCACACAGACUUCAUCCUGUCCAGCAUUGGCAGCAUGCUCCAAAACAUCCUGGAGCUCCCUGUCACCAGACCCCAAGUCUGAAAUGGGCCCAGUCAAAAGUGACGGGCGAAUCAGGUAGCCCCAAAAGAGGACAGACUUUAAACUUCAACACACACACACACAGGAAGGAGGGAGCUGAGGGAGAGCUGGACUGAGUCGACACUGGAGGCUGCUGUGAGAGCUCCAAGACAACAUGUGUGAUAUUCAGCUCAGAGCUGAAGGGCACAUAAACAAAGAGGAAUCUUCCUGCGCUAAAGAGUCGAGAUAUUCUCGCUUAAGUGGUAAUACGGACAUGAGAGAGGAGGAUAUGACUGCUGGAAAUUUUCACAUAGAAGAUUACAAGCGCAAAGAUUUGUGUCAUCGUUUGCAGAGUGAUGACACGGAUGCCAGAUGUAUUGUUGUGUUUUCAGUCAGGGUCUGUCUGAGUCGGAGUUUAAGAAAAAAAAAAAAACUCUGCAUGUUUAACCCUGCUCCAGCGCACAGUUUUCAGUUUUCCUCUUUGAACACUUUGAAAGGAAACUCCUCUAAACUCAAUAACAGGCUCCUCGAUGUGUUUCUAUCUUCAUUUCAAAGGAGAGCAAAACCUCUGAAUCAUAUAAUUGUGCUUAUUUUGAAGCAUUAUUACAUAAGAAUACAGAGUAGACAGAUGAAGUGCACUUUACUGUAAGACUAUGAUGUUACACAGAGGUCACUUGGUAUGAGGAGACGAAGUGAAAAAGUCACGGAUAAAGGUCACGUCACUUGUCUUUCAUUUUACAGUAGACUCUAAGGCGCCGCCUCGAGGCAGAUACCUGCACCGUCACUCACUGUUGCACAGACACAUCAGGGAAUUAUAACUGAGGUUCGGAGAGAAAAGUGGGGUUUGUCGGUUUGGAGUCUUUCAGUUUUAGUUCUGAUUACUGUGACAUAUCAUUUUAAAAUGUUCUUUUAUUGUAUUUGUUUUGUCUGUUAAUUCCCUGAACUUGUUGUAAAAUGUUAAAAAGCCACUCUGAACUGUUUUUCUGGUCAAAGGAAGUGCCUCGACAGGUGCAGUAUUACAGCUGCCGAUAGCGUCCAAAAUUCCUCUGAAAAUAGUCGACAAAAUAAUCAAAAUAGGAAACAUGGUACAGAUCACUUUAACAUGGUCAAAAGCUUUGGAAAAAGCAAGUAAGUGGAUCUUGAGUUGAGUUUUCUUUGUUAACUGCUUCAACCUGAGGUAUUCUGAGAUAUUUUGUGUUAUUUUGCUCCAGAUUUUUGCUGAACUAAAACCAAUUUAGGAAGGGGAAGAAAAAUUAGAUUAGGGCUGCAACUAAUGAUUAUUUCAGUUAAUGAUUAAUCUUCCAAUUAUCUUUUCGUUUAAUCGAUUAAUAGUUUAUGUCUAUAAAGCAUCAAAAUCUGAAAAAUGGCAAUUGCAAUUUCAUAGAGCCCAACAUUAGUCAUUAACUGUCCGACCUAUCCAAAACGCAAAGAUAUUGAAUUUAAUAUAAUUUAACAAGAAAAAGCUUCAAAUACUCAUUCGAGAACCUGAAACCAAAUCAAAUAUUUGGAAUUUUUAAAUGAUUAAUCUGUUAUCAAAAUAGUUGCCAGUUAGUUUUCUGUUUGCUCGACUAAUCGACUGUUGGAUUGAUUGAAGAUUCAUUGUGGCUCUAAAUUGGAAGAAAGUUUAAAUACCAGACAUUUAACUGUCAUUCUUAAUCGGACGUCACGUUAUACCUCCUGUUUAUGGGUUUAUAUGCAGUAUUGUCCCUCCUGUGUGUUUGAGUGCUCUGUAUGCCCAACUACAGGUCGCUCACAUUUCAUUUCUUAAGGUGCGUUUCAUUUCAUUUUUAUGUCCACUUACCACAAAUGGUAAACAAUCCACUGUGUGUUUGGGAUUUUAUUUAAGCAUGAUCAAGAAUAUCUAAGCUGCCUUCACUUAGCUGAUAAGAUGAAUUGUUUACUACAUGUUAAAAGCUUCCAGAGAUGUGCAAUGGAUGCCUUUUCAGAGGAUAGUGAGACCCCCAGCCUGUGUCUUAGUUUUCAUUUUUACUUAGAGUUAUGUGACUUUUUAUGUUCUUAAAUAAUAGUUGGCCACCAUAUGAGUUUUCAAGUGACCUUGUUUAUCUUGCACACUACGGUCGCUUCAGUGAAGCCCCUGUUUUAUUGAGAUAGGAAAGCAGAGGAAUCGGCAUAACAGAUGUUAUUUUUCUAUACUGUUUGAGAGUGUUUGUUCAUGUUGUCCAUCUGCCACUACUCUGUUAAACUAUUAAAAACUGCUGUCUUACUUAUGUUGUAUUUGACAGUCGUCCUAUUCAGUGUCAUUUGAAGCAUACCUUCUGUUAGGAGGGGGGAGGUUUCCGUCCCUGCUGCUCUGAGAACCAGCAGCAGCCCAGCUGGUGAGUCAUCCUGUGCUCUGUGUCUUUUAUCAGAGAGAGAAAUUUGAGCCGGUCACUGUUUGCCUCUGGAGAAGUUCAUGGUGUAGGCAUCCUGACUGAUGACUCAAUAAAAAAACAC